AAAACACACACGCACACACACACACACACGCACGCAUACGGGGAGAGUGAACAGGCGUUUCUUCGACCACCCUGCAUGGAGCUCGGUUUCCCGGUUGGUUUUCUAGAGAGUGUCGGCGCGCUGUUCAGAGGGAUUGUAGACUUCGUUUGUGAGUGAGAUUUGGAAAUGGUGUUCCCGGUUUUUCAAGACCUCAUGUGGGAGCUGUAGGACAGGGAGCAGACCGCUGUCCACUUCACCACACUCAACACCAUGGCUGCCGUUCUCACCAUGCUCCUCUUCUUCCUCCUUCACAUCUCCACCACUUCAGCGCAGGAAUACGCCUCUGAGCAAGUCCUCCCCAGGAUAAACCCACAUUUUACGGGCUGCGUCUCUGCCAACAUGGAGACUUUCCGCUGCAGAUGGAAUGUCGGCACUUCCAAGAACCUUUCAGAACCAGGAGAUCUCUGCUUAUUCUACAAAAACACAGAACAAGCUGAAGAGUGGAGGGAGUGCCCUCACUACAGCGCAGACAGGCCAAACGAGUGCUUUUUCAACGAGAACCACACAUCCCUCUUGUUAAAAUAUGAAGUCCAACUGCGCUCGAGGGAUCAAGACAUCGUCUAUGAGGAGAACCGCUUUGAACUUGAAGACAUCUUGCGCCCAGAUCCUCCAGUGGGUCUGAACUGGACUCUGCGAAAUGUGACCGACACUGACUACCAUAUUAUUCUGGGCUGGAAGCCGCCUCCGUCCUCAGUCAUAAUGACAGGAUGGAUAUCGCUGCAGUACGAAGUCCAGUACCGCAACGCCAUCUCUGACAAGUGGAAAGCGCUCGACCUCGUUAGGAGUACACAUCGCUCCAUUUUCGGGCUUCAAACCAACGGCAAUCAUGAGAUUCGUGUUCGGUGCAAAAUGCUGUCUGGGAAACAGUUUGGGGAGUUCAGCGAGUCUGUGUUUGUGCACGUACCAUCUAAAGUUCUCCCCGAGGUAAACCCACAGCUCACAGGCUGCGUGUCCAACAAUAUGGAGACUUUCCGCUGCAAAUGGAAUGCAGGCACUUCCAGAAUUGUCUCAGAGCCGGGAAACCUCCGCUUAUUCUACAUUACCAAAAAACUCCCCCAUGCUUCUCCUAAAGAUUGGAGGGAGUGUCCUCACUACAGCACAGAAAGGCCCAACGAGUGCUUUUUCAACCAGAACCACACAUCCGUCUGGUUGGAUUACCGAGUCCAACUGCGCUCAAGGGAUCAAGACAUCCUAUAUGACGAGAACCGCUUCCAGCUUCAAGAAAUCGUGCAGCCGGAUCCUCCAGUGAGCCUGAACUGGACUCUGCUUAAUGUGAGCAUGACCGGCAAUAACUUUGACAUCAUGCUAAGAUGGAAGCCGCCUCCGUCCGCCGACGUGACCAUGGGAUGGAUGACGCUGCAGUACGAGGUCCAGUACCGCGACGCCAACUCUGACCAGUGGGAAGCGCUCGACCUCGUGAGGAGCAUACAUCGCUCCAUUUUUGGGCUUCAAACCAACGCCAAUCAUGAGAUGCGUGUCCGGUGCAUGAUGCUGGCUGGAAAAGAGUUUGGGGAGUUCAGCGAUUCUGUAAUCAUACACGUACCAUCCAAAGCAGUGUCUGGAUUCCCAUUGCUGGCCUUGCUCAUCUUCGGGGCCCUGUGUUUAGUCACCAUCCUGAUGUUGGUUAUCAUCUCCCAGCAGGAAAAGUUGAUGGUUAUUCUGUUGCCUCCUGUUCCUGGACCCAAAAUAAAAGGAAUUGACCCUGAACUACUCAAGAAGGGGAAGCUUAGGGAGCUGAGAUCCAUCCUGGGUGGCCCCCCUGAUCUGAGGUCGGAGCUGUACAACAAAGACCCCUGGGUCGAGUUCAUCGAUCUGGACAUCGAGGAGCAGAGUGACCGACUGACAGACCUGGACACGGACUGUCUCAUGGAGCGCUCCCUGACCUCCAAUUGCUCUCCCCUCUCCACAGGCUUCAGAGACGACGACUCGGGCCGGGCCAGCUGCUGCGAUCCAGAUCUCCCCUGCGAACUGGAGCCCUCACCAUUCAUUCCUCUUAUCCCGAAUAUUACCGAAAGCAGCGAUUCAGAAGAGACAAGCUUGCAUGUCCCAAACCCCAACACCGGGGAGCAUUGUUUUGCAGCACCAGGUAGAGAAGCGUUGUACACCCAAGUGAGUGAAGUGAGGUCAUCCGGCAAGGUGCUGCUGUCGCCUGAGGACAAAACAGAGUUGGGGAAAAGCACGAGCAGAGACGGAGAGAAAGGAAUCCUGUUGGAGAAAAAGAAAGAGUUGCAGCUCCUGGUGGUUAAUCCAGAUCAUGGAGGGUACACUUCUGAGCUCAACGCUGGUAAAAGGAGCCCCAGAGUGUCCUCAGGAGACAUGGGUAAACCCUUCCAAACAGCAGGGGACUCAAGUUCAACCUCGUCCCUGUCGCCUUACCACGAAUCAGAUACCACCACCUUGUCCCCCCUCCCCCCUGCUCCCGUGUACACCAUGGUGGAGUGCGUUAACAGGCAGAACAGCCUCUUACUCACGCCAAACUCGACACCUAACCCCCAGCUCAUAAUCCCAAAAAUCAUGCCGACACCAGGCGGCUAUCUUACCCCUGAACUUUUGGGAAGCGUAACACCAUAGAGCAACUGUGACGUGUUCAAAGUUUCAUCUAAAUCAAUGGAAGGCAGAGAUAGCUUGGGAAACUGCUUUGAUAUUGACGAUUGGCGGUCCCAAGAGUAUUGGAUUUCAGGAAAAAACAGUUGGUGGGCGGAUUCUGUUUCUGUCCUGCCUUCACCUCUGACCUCCUGUUGCUUCCUCUGAUAGCUGAAACUGAUUAGUUGGAAGUUUGGUAUGAGGAAGGAAGAGAACAUAACAGUAUGCUUUACUGCAGGUGUGGAAAUGACAAAGGGAAACUCUAUCCUUUAUUUGCAGUAGUGUUUUGUCCUGUUGAUGAAAGUCCAAUAUUCACCGACAGAAAAACAUCUGACUCUUUAGUAGCUAAUUGUUCCACUGUCUUCACAACAUGCAUGAUUUUCUUCAUUGUUUGAUUUUGGCGCUUAGCCCAAACACUCUAAUAUGGAGCUGCAGAGCGACCCAUGACUGCAUUUUCAACUGUGUAUUAAAAAAUAAAUUACGCUAAAAAAACACUUGGGUAAAUUUAGGCAAAAUAGGGUUUUUGUUGGGUUGGAAAAAAAAGAAACAUGAACAAGUAUUCUCUUGCAUUUUAAAUUACCAACGCAAAUUAAAAUAUGUAACCUGUGGACUCGUGUCGAAAUAAUGUGUUAGUUUGACCCAUUUACCCCACACAAACAUCAAGCUGAUUUCCGAAACAUAUUUGUUAUACUUUGGUUCAUAAAUAUGUAAAAAUAUGUUUCUUUUGAAAGUCAGUUUCAUUGUUGUGGGUUUUGCAAAGUUGGUGUUAGUUCAUUUUGGUUUUGUCAAUGCCAGUCCCACUUUUGACAUCAUUAGUAUUCAUUUCAUUCAAUGUUGAUAUGAAAAUUUGGGGAAAAAGAAUAUGAAUAAUUUGACUUUUCUAUGCUUUAGUCCUAUCAUAGCUAUUGUACAAAUCAAAAGCUUUCUUUGAGAUACAAUGAGUUCAUGUGGAAUUACUCUGUGACAUGUCAUGUGCCAUAUCUUUAUGAAUCCAACUAUUUUGUGGUUUGUCAUUGUUUUCAUUCCUUUCAAUAAAUGUCACAAUUAUAUAUUUCUUAACACUAAAACAUAUUGGGGUUGAGAUAUCUGGCGACACUAGACCUGUUAAUGUGUGACUCAUCAAAUGAACCAUAAUAUAUAUUAGAUGCUUAUUACUUUAAUGUCAUUACAUCUAUUUAUUUUCUUACCCGUGAAAUGUUUUCAGGGCUGACAGUCAAAAUAGAAUUUGGGUUUUAAGCUCAAUCAGUAUUUCUUUUUCAGUGCAUGAACUAUAAAGGUUUGUAUUCUCAGUUGGUGUCUGGCUGAAAGCGCAUUUAACGCAAAUUAUAAGUUAGGGCUACAUGGUCAUCCGUGUAAUAUUUUUACAGGUAUUGCUUUUUAACUGUUCAAUGUGUUAUAAAUAAAUAAAGUUAUACUUUU